AUGGUUUGCAGUGACGAGCAUAAAGUGUUGUUGGGGACACCAAAGUUAUAUGAGGAGGCUGAGUAUUUGUGGGAUAAUGCUCGUAAGAGAUUGGGAGUGGUAGGUACUAGUAUCACUUGGAGAACUUCAAGAAAGAGUUUCUGGAGAAGGUUAAAGUGCGUGAAGUUUGAGAGUGAUUUACGUCCUAAAAUCAAGCAGUUCAUUGGUUAUCAAGAGAUUUUCCAGUUUUCAGUGUUGGUUAACAAAUGCAGGAUCUACAAUGAGGAUAGUCAGGGCAGAUCUGCUCAACACAAGAAUGUUAGUACGAAGAAGAGUAGGAACAAGAACCGUGGUAAACCUUAUGGGCCUCCAGCUGAUAAGGGAAAACAUAAUUUUUAA